CUUCGGCUCUUCUAAAGCGCAUUCUUCUUAAUAUAUCUAUGAUAUCAAAUUCAAAGAUCCUUUCUAUUAAACGGGGAUUACGUUCUAUUUCGACACCAACAACUUCUCUUUCUGUAUUUAAAUAUUUGACAUAUUUGAAAGAUUUAGAAAAAAGUCAACAAAUCGAAAAGACUUAG